GGAUGUGAGGAAGAGAGCCGAAGGCUCCGUGCUUUUAACCCUAAAGCGAGCACCUGCGCGUCGUGUGCGCGCAGCGUGUGAACACGCACGAAGAGUGCCGAGCGCGUUCUUGCCUACCCUUACAGUAGGGGCACCUGCGCAGCUCGCACAUGCACUCUCCUGGACGCGCGUCGGCGCCGGUCGGGUGUGGAGCGGCGGCUGCUGGACUGAGACGGGGGGCCUCUUCUGGGACGCGCUUGGGCAUGGCUGUGAAUGUGUAUUCAACGUCGGUGACAAUAGAGAACCUCAGUCGACAUGACAUGCUGGCAUGGGUCAACGACUCCCUGCACCUCACCUACACAAAGGUGGAACAGCUGUGUUCAGGAGCCGCUUACUGCCAGUUUAUGGAUAUGCUGUUUCCUGGCUGUGUUCUUCUUAAGAGGGUAAAGUUCCAAGCCAGGCUAGAGCACGAAUUUAUCCACAACUUCAAAGUCCUUCAGACAGCCUUCAAGAAAAUGAAUGUUGACAAAGUCAUUCCUGUAGAAAAGUUAGUGAAGGGCAAGUUCCAGGACAAUUUUGAAUUUCUGCAGUGGUUCAAGAAGUUCUUCGAUGCAAAUUAUGAUGGGAAAGAGUACGACCCCGUGCUGGCCAGACAGGGCCAGGAUGUGGCCCCACCCUCCAAUCCAGGUGAACACAAACCCAGGGUUUCCUACAAACCCAAGAAAGCUAGUGGCGCCUCAGUGCCACACAGGACGUCCCCCACAGUGCCUAAAACGAUGCCCGGCCCCCAACGGGCCCUCAACAACACUUCAUCCCUUGGCACGAGGAAGAACACAGCCACGGCACGUAACGGUGGCAGUGAGUCCGAAGCCCAGAUUGCAGAGCUCAAUCAGCAGCUAAUGGACCUCAAACUGACAGUGAAUGGACUGGAGAAGGAGAGGGAUUUCUACUUCAGCAAACUCCGUGACAUCGAGCUCAUCUGCCAGGAGAAUGAUAGCGAAAAUAAUCCCAUCCUGGGCAGGAUUACCGAAAUCCUCUAUGCAACUGAGGAUGGCUUUGUUGUACCUGAAGAUGAGGACAUUGAUGAACAGUCACACGAGGACCAUAAUGAAUACUAAAUGCUUCUCCUUAUCCUGUAUGCUUUCUGUCUGCCUCUCCCUACCUCUCGGUCAUCUUGUGUCGUCUCUGCUCUUAUCUUCUGACUCUCUCACUUCCCUAGGUCUCUACAGCCGCCACACUCUGAUCCUGGUGUUGACCAGCCUACCGGACCAACUCCCGCCCCCCCAACCCAUGCAGUCACAGAGUAACAUUAAUAUCCAUUCCCAGCCACUUCAGCGUGGUGUGGGAUCGAAUGACCGGCAGCCUUACUGAGGUGCUGCUGCAGUCAGGUCACUUUCGGAGCUGUCGAUCCUGGACAGCAGCUACUAUAUUGCCUGGUUUUGUAGACCUCUCCCUGAUUCCUGUAACCUGUCCCAGUUAUCCCAGUACCCUGACACUUUGUCCCCCCACCCCCAAAGUAAGAGUGUCCAUAAUGUUGCAUAACACAGCUUCUCUGCACCAAAAUGUACAUUGAAGUGGUUUUUAAAUGCCUUCCCAGAUCCUUUCAAUACUAUUUUAAGAUGAAUACCUGAAAAAUAACUUACGGGAAAAUAGCACUGGAGACUGAUGACUCUGUUAAAGGGCUGAUGUUUGUUUGAAAGUUAGUGUGAGGAUUGUUGCUUUUGUUGGUUUGACUUGAUUUCGGAAAAUGAAACAAUGCACUUAAUUCACUGAUGUUGACAACAGUGACAAACGAAAGAUGCUGAUUGGUUUUGAAAUGUCAGGUUUUUUUUCCUGCAUAUCAAGAUGGAGCUUGCAGAUAAAAUAGAACAAAGAUAGUCAUAUAUUUUUAUAACUAUUUAUAUAUAGAAUUGUUGGAAUAUAUAUGGAAAUUUGGUCCACAGACAGAGGUUUAUUAUUAUUUACUGAUGAUAAAUGUGAAGUUUGGAAAAUGGUGUUCAUUAUUGACACCUAAUUUUUACUGUAGACCCAGAACUGCAGCAAAGUAGCUAUGAAGUUUAUUUUAAAGGCGAGGAGAGUCAGAUACUGAGAAGCUUUUAAAUCAUAACUGUGUAACAAAUUACUAUAACAGGGUUCUCCAAUUCCGGUCAUUUAAGGCCAGUCGUGCAACACAGUUUGCAGAUUUCCCUGCUCAAACAUACCUUGUUCAGCUAAUUGCCAGGUUUAAUAUGUGUGUUUGAGCAAGGAAAUCUUGACAGAUUGACCGUCCAGGACCGGAGUUGAGGAACCCUGCAUUAAAACCUUGAAACGAUAAGAUUGCUUGUGUAGCUGACUUUAUAACACUGAUUUUAGCUGCUAUUUUUAUUUUCCUUUUUUGAAUUGUUAAAAAUAUACCUAUUAAUAACCACACAGGUUCUAAGUUGAAAUGAGAAGCUGGAUUCAGAGGCUUUAGUGCAGGGGUGUCAGACUCCAGUCCUGGGGGGCCGGAGCCCUGCACAUUUUUGGGUUUCCCCUCAUUUAACACACCAGGUUCAACUCCUUGUGCUAAUUAUCACACAGCUCUUUAGCCGAAUCAUUUGUGGCGGAACAGGGAAAGAACUAAGCUACACAGGGCUCCUGCCCCGCAGGAAUGGAGUUUGACACCCCUGCUUUAGUGCAAUAAAAAGUGAUGCAUGGACAGUUGCAGAGCAUGCACACCCCCUGCUGGUUGUAGGAACCAAUUGCAUGGUUCCUUGGGCAUGUUACCAUUCUCACACCAGCCGUCUGACUGAUUUUAUGUGACCAUGCAUCUAUUUUGAGUUUUACAACAUAAAUAAACUUGUGUGAGAACCAGC